AUGGUGUCCGAUGCCACCUACGAGAUUUGUCUGCCUAUCCUUCAGGAUGCGACCCUCGAGGACGAAGACAAGACCGACAGGCUGGAGGAGUUGCUCAAGAAGGAGACUACGCUGGUUGGAAGUUCUCUCGAAAAUGCCGUCUUAGACGUCCUAUGGAGAUAUCGCGAUGCUUCAUCUAAUGCGAACUCUCCCGCACCGAUGCGACAUACUAUCUUACGUCGGCCUUCCCCCGCUCCCUGGCCGAUACCUCGUGGUGGAGCUACUUCCAUCUCUUCCUCUCCUCGUCUUGCGGCUAGCCCCCUUGCUCCGCCUGGCUUCGUCCCGCAAUCUUUCAAUAGAACGAAAUCCUCCACAGCCUCGCCCUUUACCUCGCCUCGCCCGUCCCCACGACUUGCUCUCUCGAGCCCAGUCAUACCUCAUAGCCCGAGCCUCAACGCGUACGAAUUCCCAACUGAUACAAGUCCUACGCAAGACAUAUAUGGGGAUUACGGGAGUGAUAAUGUGGAUUGGCUAGUAAACGAUGAUGGUGGCAGCAAUACCUCUUCCUCAGCUGGCGGUCAAAGCGGUCUCAAUGCGGCGGCUGCCGAGUACAUACAGCCGCAGCAGUCAGAUAUGAGCCCAUACGAUAUGCUACGGUCAAUUCUUGGCCCUUCAAAGUCAGACGAGGAGAUAGAGGCAGCUCUUGCUAUGCAUGGCUAUGACUUGAGCGCUACUAUCAUGGCAUUCAUGGAAGGCCAAUCCAGCGAUGGUACAAUGGCAUCGGCCCCAACUACAGACGGGGAGAAUGCUAUUCUAAUCGGUAAAUCAAUGGCUGCCAACGUCCCUCGACCACUUACUCCAGCAGGCCAGCAGCGAAGUGGCGUAGUCUGUAGAUUUUGGCUCUCCACGGGCCAGUGUCUCCGUGCGGAUUGCAGAUUCAGUCAUGACCUUAGUAAUCACAUCUGCAAAUACUGGGUAAUGGGUAAUUGUCUUGCCGGUGACACGUGCAUCUUUUCUCACGACCCCGCGCAUCUCCUGAAUCGUCUUGCUCUGGACGAGAGUAACACACCUCCAUCCCAGCCAAACUUUCAAUUCCAGGACUAUAACGCAUUCCCUUCCCUACAAGGGACGCAAGAGCAAUGGUCAAACUCUUUUAACUCAACAAACGGUUUUAGUAAUUAUCAAGGAGCAAGCUUCACUCCUCCUCCUGGCUUUAAGGGAAUGCAGGGCUACGCAAGUGAUGGUUCCAGUCAGAGAUCACGACCUGGUAGCCGACAGGCAAACCCGGCUGCUCCUGCACUGGACGAUAACGAGGCCUUUCCAUCACUUAGCGCAGUGGCUGCGAAGGGUGGGAAGAAACACCAUGGGAAGAGAGUCGGUCAUGGUCACGGCCACAAGGAAAACGUUACACCAAGCUCACUUGCUGAAGUUGUCAAAUUAUCACCCUCUCCUGGCCCGGGCCUAAUGCGACAAGAUGCCAAGAAAAUGGGUAGAAAUGGAAGUUCCACCGGCACACGCAACGGAGAAAACAGUGCGGCUGCACAAGCUAUCCCGAGCCCCCAGCAUGUUCCUUGGCUCGAGACGGGAGAAAGAGCCAAUAAAGCGUAUCUCAAAGCUAGACAAGAUGCUAUCAAGCACGGUGGUUUGAGAAACAAGUUCUUGCAGAGUGCGGCCCAGGCAUGGAAUCGCAACGAUGCUCGUGCUGCUAAAGCCCUGAGUCUUCGGGGCCAAAGUGAGAAUGAUCUCAUGCGAAAAGCCCAUCGUGAGGCUGCUCGUGAGCUCUACGAAGAACGAAACAAGAACAAUUCCUCGAGCUCUGAGCUUUAUGUCGACCUUCACGGUCUCCACCCCGAAGAAGCAGUCGAGUAUCUGGAACGUGUUCUUCUCGAGAAUGACAAAGAAACAAGGCCAGUAUACGCUAUCACCGGAACAGGCCAUCACAGCAAGAAUGGAAAAGACAAAGUUGGAAAAGCUAUAAGGAACUUCUUGAAUGAAUGGCGAUAUGCCUACCGCGAAUUCUCAGUGCCGGGAGAUAGAAACAACGUUGGCGGCAUAUUGGGAAUUGAUGCACGAUCUUGGGACAAGUCACUUACGAGGGACGGGGUUGCAGCUUCGGAGCCUGAGAAGGAAGAAGUUGAUAUUCUCAGUCAGGGACACGAAAUCGGGGAGGGCAAAAUCAAGUUGUUGGUCCGAGAUGCACCAAAGGGUCCCCGAGGCCGAUGA